AUGGCUGUGCGUGGAUCAAAAUGGUGGGUUGCUGAAUGGGUUUUGGUUGUUUUUCUUCUUCUUGUCUCAGUCGCUGUUACUUCUUCUCAUCAAAACACAGUCCAGAAAACAACCUCAGCAGCAUCCAGCGAGACAAAAGGGGUUGAUGCAAAUGAUCAUGCUAAAGUAUUUUACAAACACACUUGGCCGGGGCUGAAAUUUGGAUGGAGAAUAGUGGUGGGCACCAUAAUUGGAUUUCUAGGAUCAGCAUGUGGGACUGUGGGAGGUAUUGGUGGGGGUGGCAUAUUUGUGCCCAUGCUUACCCUAGUUAUUGGAUUCGAUGCAAGAUCAGCAACAGCAAUAUCAAAAUGCAUUAUUACGGGUGGAGCAGGAGCAACUGUUUUCUACAAUUUGAAGCAAAGACACCCAACCCUUGACUUGCCUGUGAUUGACUAUGACAUAGCACUUCUUUUCCAACCAAUGUUGAUGCUUGGGAUCAGUAUUGGGGUUGCUUUCAAUGUUUUUUUUCCUGACUGGUUGCUAACAGUUUUGCUAAUAAUAUUUUUCAUUGGUAUUUCAGUCAAAUCUUUCUUUAAGGGUGUUGAUACAUGGAAAAAAGAAACCCUUAAUAAGAAGGAAGCUAGGAAGAAUUCAAAGUUAAAUGAUAUUGAAAGGAUUGAAGGUGCUGCUCAUGAUCUUCAAACAGGAGACACGGUCAAAGAUAGUCAUAUCAAUAGUAAUCAAUCAAAGAAGAAAGUUUCUGUUUUUGAGAAUAUUUAUUGGAAGGAACUUGGACUUCUUUUGUCUGUCUGGAUCAUGAUACUUGCAUUACAGAUAGGCAAAAAUCACACAAAAACUUGCUCAGCGGUAUAUUGGACAUUGAAUCUACUGCAGGUCCCUAUCACUGUAGGAAUGAGUUCAUAUGAGGCUGUGCUUCUAUACAAAGGGAAGAGAGUCAUAACAUCCAAGGGAGAACAACAAACACAAUGGCGAGUGGAGCAGUUAAUUCUGUAUUGCUCCUGCGGCUUAGUUGCUGGCAUCAUUGGUGGCUUGCUUGGUCUUGGUGGAGGAUUCAUCUUGGGGCCACUUUUUAUUGGACUAGGAAUUCCUCCUCAGGUGUCAAGUGCUACAUCCAAUUUUGCAAUGGCAUUUUCUGCAUCUAUGGCAGUUGUGGAAUAUUACCUCCUGAAACGUUUCCCAGUUCCUUAUGCUCUUUACUUCGUAGCUGUAGCUAUUGUUGCUGCGCUUGUUGGGCAGCAUUUGGUUAGAAAGCUUAUUGCCAUUCUGGGGAGAGCAUCUGUGAUCAUAUUCAUCGUAGCCCUCGCACUUUUUGUGAGUGGAUCAUUACUAGGUGGAGUAGGCAUAUCAAACAUGAUUCAUAAGAUUGAAAAGAAGGAGUUCAUGGGGUUUGGAAACCUUUGCACGUACAAGGUUGGAAAUUAG